AUGGACAACUGCUUGAUGCUCCUCUGUGGUGACAUUAUCGAUUCGUAUUUGGGCGCCUUUCUCGGCGUGACGACGCUGACAGCAGCGGCACUAGGAAAUUUGUUCUCUUGCACAAGCGGAGUCGUGACAGGACGCUUCGUGGAGCAAAUGGCAUACCGCGCUGCUUGGUUUCCGCGGGUUACGCUCAACGAGGGUCAGGUCGGAUCCGAGCGGGCCUUAAGGGCACAUACUUUCGGCUCUGUCGCGGGGAUCUGCAUAGGAUGCAUUCUUGGGAUGUUUCCCCUCCUCUUUCUGGGUAUCAAGAGAAAGGAAUCGAAGCAAGAAGCUGCCGAAACGAACACAGAGCUUGGUUCUUCCAAGGAAAUCGCUGAACUCGAAGUUGGCCCCGGUGUGAAAUAA